GAGAGGAUUCCUAUGUUUAGAGAGAGAGAGAGAGGAUUUCUAUGUUUAGAGAGAGAGAGAGAUGAUGCCUGUGUUAACUUGGUCAAAGUUUUUUCACUAGAAAGUGGCUCUCACGACUGCCUCCAGCUCUCCUUUUUAUUUAUUAAAUUAAAAGUAGCUCUCUCUCUCUCUCUCUAAAAGCUCAAUGAAAUUUAAUUUAGUUUAAUUGUAACAGAGAGUUUCCAUGUGAUCCGGACUCCAAACGUGUUUGUAACGCCUCCCAGAGAAAGCUCCAUCAGAGGUUUAGAAAGAGAGAGAGUGAGAGCUACAUCACUCCAGAGGAGAGAGAGAGAUGUUAUUAACUAAGACCAUAGUGAGGAGAGAGAGAGCUAUUUUUGUAACUGAGUGACUGAACAUGUCUUUCUGCAACUUGAGAGAGAGAGACUCAGCUGUAUAGUGGUUUUUUUCUCACUUCGUGUUUAGAGAGAGAGAGUCCCCAGUGCCAUAGUAGGUUUUUUUUCUCACUGCAAGUUGAUUUUGCGGUGACCUCAAUUAAGGGGCUUUAGGAUUUCUUCGCAUUGGGUUUUAUGCCUUUUACACUUUGGUGGAGGUUCAUGUGAGAGGAAGAUGGGAAGUGUUUCAAAUGGGAAAAUGGGUUUUGAGGAGAAGGAAGUGGAUGAAGAAGAGGAGAAGCUAAGCAGGCAACUGUGUGAAGUUUCAUUACAUGGGACUGAAACAAAUGAGCAUGAAGAAGAAGAGGAAGAAGGAGAAGAAGAAAAUCAGGACCACAAAGAUGGGGAGUCUUUUAAAUUGGGUCCACAAUAUUCUCUCAAGGAGCAGCUAGAGAAGGACAAAGAAGAUGAGAGUUUGAGGAGAUGGAAAGAGCAGCUGCUGGGUAAUGUGGAUUUGGAAUCAGUUGGAGAAACUUUGGAAGCAGAGGUUAAGAUUGAGAGUGUUUCUAUUCUCUCUCCUGGUAGACCCGAUUUGGUGCUCCCCCUCCCUAUGCUUCCCAACUCAAAGAGGGGCUCCUCAUGGUUUACUCUCAAGGAAGGUAGUCGCUAUAGACUCAAGCUGGCGUUCAUGGUCUCCAACAACAUAGUCUCUGGUCUCACCUACACCAACACUGUCUGGAAAACCGGGGUAAAAGUGGACAGUACAAAAUUGAUGAUGGGAGCAUUCGGUCCUCACCAACAGCCCUACACACUUGAGAUGGCUGAGGAAAUUACACCUUCUGGCAUAUUCGCAAGGGGUUCCUACUCCGCAAGGACUCGGAUCAUUGAUGAUGAUAACAAGUGCUAUUUGGAGCUGAAUUACACAUUUGAUAUUCGAAAGGAAUGGGCAGAACCAAGUUGAAACCCACAUCACUGAAAGAUCCACUUCAUGUUGAACAUCAUGUUAUCAGCACUGAUGCCACAUGACAGAAGCAAAAGAAAAUGAGCAAAUGCAAAGUAGAUAGAGAAAACACCAUUGAUGGGUUAGGACUAUUCGUACUUGGUUCUUUUGUAUUUCAGCUGUUUAAUAUUCACUUAAGAAUUUGUAUAUUAGUUUGUUGAAGAGAAAAGGUGUUGUAUGUGCAAGUUGGGUGCCUCCAUGUCUCUUACUCCA